AUGAAGGCAUCAAUCAUUGCAACCUUCUUUGCUUUGUUUCUGACUUGUACAUAUGCAACUAAAGAAGCCACAAAGAAGAACAAAAAGGCUAAACUAUAUGUACCUGAGCUAGACUGCGAUAUCAAAGCAGGGAAGAUAAUCAAUCCGGAAUUCAUUGCAAAAUGUCCACCAGGAUGUCAAGACAUAAAAUACCGUGUUUAUGGCACCGACAUUUACGCUUCUUUUUCCAGUGUGUGCAGUGCUGCUAUUCACAGUGGUACAAUUGACAACUCAGGAGGGAAAAUCCUUGUUCAGAAAGUUGCUGGACAAUCUGGUUACAGAGGGAGCUUCUCCAAUGGAAUCCGAUCCUUGUCCCUACCACGCUGGAGGGAGUCCUUCAUUGUUUCAGAAGGCAAACCAAAGAAAGGUGUGACAUACCCAUCAACGCUUGAAUAUUCUUCCUCAAAAAGCUCACCUGUUAAAGCAGAAUCUAAAAAGUCGGCACAAGAUAUAAAGGCUACCAGGAAUACAGACACCUCUAAUGCAUCAGAAAAAUCACCUGAACAAGCCGAUGCACUCCGCAAAGAAUAUCAGACGUCUCCGGUACCGGUACCAACUACACAAGUUACCGCCACAACGCUGAAGCCCACCACGACUCCGGAACCCAUCAGCACAACACCAAAGCCAACUACAUUCCCUGCAACAACCAGCACUACAACUACUAUUACCGCUGCCAAACCUCGAUCUGCAGUGCAUAGGGUCAGGGAUAUAGGUCCUAGCAGCGUCCAUCCAGUUUACUCAGCUGUGGCAGCUGCAGCAUCAAGGCAGGUUCAGGCUGCACAAGGAAGAGGCCAGAAUCAAGCAUCCAGGGGCACUUCACCGUACGCAAGUAUCAGAAAUAUUCCUCGAGCCAAUACAGGUAUUCAACGCCAAGAGCCUGUUGCAGCCUUCCGGAAACCUGCCGGGUCUCCAGUCCAUCUCGCUUUGGAAACUGACUUGUGGAAACCUGGAUCAAGCCUUUUUGACACAGGCUUCAGUUCAAAGGAAGAAUUGAAUCCGAAACCUUUGGAGCCAGUUUCCCAGGGAAACCCAAACUGCAAAGUUGAUUUGUCCUUCUUGAUUGAUGGGAGCUGGAGCAUCGGUAAACGCCGUUUUCAGAUCCAAAAACAAUUCCUCAGUGAUGUGGCUCAAGCUCUUGAUGUUGGCGUAGCUGGUCCUCUCAUGGGCAUUGUUCAGUAUGGCGAUGACCCUUCUACAGAAUUUAACCUCAAAACUCAUGCAAACUCCAGGGAUGUGAAAAAUGCCAUUGAGAAAAUUCCACAGAAAGGAGGGCGUUCCAAUGUUGGGAAGGCACUUUCAUUUGUUAACAAAAACUUCUUUUUGGAUACCAAUGGAAACCGAGGUGGAGCACCCAAUGUGGCCAUAGUGCUGGUGGAUGGAUGGCCCACUGAUAAGGUGGAGGAGGCCUCCAGACUGGCAAGAGAAUCUGGAAUCAACAUUUUCUUUGUCACCAUUGAAGGAGCUGAUGAAAACGAAAAACAGAAUGUUAUUGAACCCAACUUUGUGGACAAGGCUGUAUGCAGAACAAAUGGCUUCUAUUCCAUUAACGUGCCAAGCUGGUUCAACCUACGCAAGGUAGUCCAGACCUUGGUGAAGCGGGUCUGCGAUACUGAUCGGCUGGCUUGCAGCAAGACGUGUCUAAAUUCAGCUGACAUUGGCAUUGUAAUUGAUGGUUCCAGCAGCGUUGGCACUGGCAAUUUCCGCACUGUCCUCCAAUUUGUAGCCAACAUAAGCAAAGAGUUUGAGAUUUCAGACACCGACACCCGUAUUGGAGCUGUGCAGUACACCUAUGAGCAGAGGCUAGAGUUUGGAUUUGACAAACACAGCACUAAGCAAGAUGUCCUGAAUGCUAUUAAGCGAAUCAACUACUGGAGUGGAGGGACCAGCACUGGAGCAGCCAUCAACUAUGCCUCUGAACAGCUCUUCAGCAAAUCCAAACCCAACAAGAGGAAGAUAAUGAUUCUCAUCACAGAUGGCAGGUCUUAUGAUGAUGUCCGAGUGCCAGCCAUGACAGCUCAUCAAAAUGGGGUCAUAGCUUAUUCUGUUGGAAUUGCCUGGGCAGCCCAGGAUGAACUGGAAUCCAUUGCAACAGACCCGGAUAAAGAGCAUUCCUUCUUCGUGGAUGAAUUUGACCAUCUCUACAGAUUCGUUCCUAGGAUCAUCCAGAACAUUUGUACAGAGUUUAAUUCACAGCCCCGGAACUGA